AUGUCCAAGGCUUAUCACCUUGAUGGCUUCCUGGCCGACGUGGGUCAGAUAGGCUACGUCCCUCAAGGCCGAUAUGCCAAGACGGGCAAGCUGCGGCCUGAAGAUGUGGAGACGUUAAUGCAAGGCGGCGCGUUGGAUGGCGUCUGGACGUGGGUUCAACACAACGUUAAGGCCACGGAUGCCAUCGACCUGCUCCGGAGAAACCUGCACGUCGCAAGUCAAGCGCCGACAUCACCGGACAUCCUUGCUCAUAAACAGCGACGGGUGGCAGCGCUCGCGGAGAAGAAGCGACAGCUUCAGAGCGAUAUUGCCAAGUUACAGACCGACAAGAAACAAUUGAUCGCGAAAAUCUCUUUCGCUGAACAAGCCAUGGCGCUGGCGACCGAUCCGCCCAUCCACGCACUUCUCCAUGACACGUAUGCACUGCAGGCUCAGUAUCGCCAUCAAGAGCGCGAGGGCGUCAUGCACGAGCUCCUUACGUCGCUCCGACCACCAUCAUCCGCCGAACUGUCUGGACGACGAGUCGUCCAGAAGACUCUGCAUCAUUUGGAGCAUUUGCUCAGGCAUUCGCGUCCUCCUCCGGGACGCCAACGAUGGCCGCGCCCUUCGUCUCCCAGACAACUGAUGCCGCCAUCCCUCGCUACACAUGCCACCGUCCAAGAAGCGCUCCAAGUCCCCGGCCAAGUUCUGCUGGAUGCACUUCUGGCAUGGCAUGCCGACAACACGUCCGCAGCCGCCAACACCCGCCUUCCCGAGCUAACUCCAUACCGACCCCGACGCCCUCUGCACGAUAUUGAGUCCCAGAUCCAGCGCCACAUGGAGCUGCUUUACGUCGAGUUGGCCGCGCGACAAAACGCGUGCGAGCGAUUGCGUCAGGCAUCGCCCCCGAUAACAUCCACGGUGUCAGCAACCCCAGCAACGGCACGACAACUCGAAUUCCUGCAAUCGUACGGGGAAUCCCUCGCCCAGGAGCUGCAAGCGAUGGAUGCGGCGGCCGCCACGACCGCCGAGCACCUUGCAGCCAUUGCUUCGUUCGAGUCCCGCCUGGAUCAAUGCCACAAGAACGUGGCCGCCGCCUUUCGUACCAACCGCGCGCUUGUCGUGGAUAUCCUUGAUCUGCAAAACAAACUGCUCGUGUACGUGCAGACUGAGCUCGUGGAUGCCUUCCAGGGCUUGCGCGAAGAGACGGAAGCCGCGCUGGCUGAUGCGAUGAAGCGUGAAGUAGCAAAGUGGUCUGAACUCGCCGAAUUGCCGCAGCAGUUUGAGUUGAGGAGACGAAGGGCAUCCACCACCAAGUUGAACAGUGCAUUGCAGCGAAUCGAAACCAGUGUUCUCAAGCUGGAAGCGGCCAAAGCUGAAUUCGACGGAUUCCUCCAAACGUCGCCGUGCUUUGCGGUCCUGUCCUGGGAAGAGCUCCUGGAGCAAGUGCGCGAAGUUGAUGCCGUGGUGUCGGACGCAAUGUUGCCCGAUCUCGGGCGUUUGGAGGAAGUGGCGGCGGAUCUCCUCGACGUGAAGUUGCCGACACUUUUCCGCGCGAUACACAGCUGGUUUGACCAGCCAGCACAGCACAUUGUUGAGUAAUAGAGUAUGAUACAACGUACCCCACGAAGGAGCACAACUUGUUCAUGGAUGGCUUUGAAUGCAUGCAGUAUAUCUCAUGUGGAGUUGGUGGGCUUGGUGGCGGCGGCAUGCAGGUCCUGGAGCUUCUUCUUUUGUUCGUCGUCAAGGAGUUUGCGUGUUUCGGCGCUCAGGUCUUGCCCAAAAUGCGUCUGUCGCUCCUGCAACAUGGUGCGGUAGUUUUCCCAUUCGGUGAGGAAUCCCUUGAUAAACUCUGGUUUGGCGGUCUUGUGCAGUUUGAACUCGUCGCGGACGUACCGAUCGCCCAGAACACGCAUCACAGGCUCAAGCUUCUGCCGGUGCAGUCGCAGGAUAUCUCGGUACAGACCAAGCACACGAGCACGUUGCGUCGCCAUCGCCGCCACGAGAUCAAUACGAACGAAAGUACGGCCACCGCUCGG